AUGUCUACCUCAGCCUCUACGUCAGCCAGCUCAGCGCUUUUCAAGCGAUGGACCGACAAUCAUGAUUCACUCGGCGGUCCCACCGACUUCCAUACCUUCCAGCACUAUCUCGAUCUAUACGUCCUCGCAAAGAAGUCCAACAUUGAAGAGCUACAGAACAAGGUGAUGGAUCUCAUCAGGAAUUACUAUCGCGCCGAGAGAAUGACUGCUCCCGCCUUCCGCCUCGAGUACAUUUACACCGCGACGCACGAGCCAAACGCAAUGAAGCUCUUCCUUUUGCAGAGCGCAGCAUACCGCAUUUUGUGCGAGCAACCAGACGACUCCGGACAUCUCAUCUCCGACUCAAUUCGUGGUACACUGUCCAAGAACAACGAGAUGGCCGUCGAUUUCGCAGAGGCUGUCAUUGAGCUGAGCAGGAACGGACUCGCUGAUCCCCGCCAUGGGUCUGACUGUGUGUAG